AUGGUGCUGGAGAAUAUAGCUGAGAUCUCUAAGGAAUGUCUGAGUAUACUUGCUUCCUCCUCUAUUGCUUCAGCAGUGGCUAGUACCAAACAGAUAAUGUUAAAUGAUAACAGUGACAGUGAAUUUCUUUGUUUUAUUCCUGACAUUAAGGGGAAUGCUUCUAGUGUUCUCAAAUACCAAAGAGUUUGUCUUCAGGAUAAUGAUAAGGUCAAAUUGUUCCCACUGCAUCUAAAACCACCUACAACCACAGCCCAAGUGACAUCUAGAAUGAAAUCUGGCCAUUUGCAACAGUAUGGACAAGAGCUGGAGGGCAGGAGCUUAAUACCAGCCCAUGAGGAAGCUGAGCUGGUCUGUAAUGAUAGGGCGGCAGCAGCAGCCGCAGCCGCAGAGGUAGAGUCGGAGGUGGUGGAGGAGCGAGAGCACCUGAACACACAGAGACAAUCUGAAAGCAAAGAGGAAGAGAUUUGGUCAGUCACACCAAGAGAGACCAAAGUGGAAAGUUUUGGGUUUUGUUCUUGUUUUUGUUUGGUUUGUUUGGUUUUGUUGUUGCUUUUUUUUUUCCUGGUGGUUUUCCCUUUUUCCCCCGCGUGUCACUACAAUGGUCAGAAAGCUGUUGUGUCCACCAUCUCCAGUGGAGGUUACCUGCAGGGGAAUGUUAAUGGGGAAGCUGCCUUCUUGGGUGGCAAGGAGCCACCUGGGCAGGAGAAAGUGGUGCUGAAGAAGAAAAUCAUGCUGAGGGGCAUCUCCAUCAAUGGCACGAUCAUUGGAGCAGGAAUCUUCAUUCCUAAGGGCGUGCUCCAGAACACGGGCAGCGUGGGCAUGUCUCUGAUUAGGACAGUCUGUGGGGUCCUGUCUCUGUUUGGAGCCUUGUCCUAUGCUGAAUUGGGAACAAGUAUAAAGAAAUCUGGUGGUCAUUAUACAUACAUUCUGGAAGUCUUUGGCCCAUUACCAGCUUUCGUACGAGUCUGGGUGGAACUGCUCAUAAUACGCCCUGCAGCCACUGCUGUGAUUUCUCUGGCAUUUGGACGCUACAUUCUGGAACCAUUUUUUAUUCAGUGUGAAAUUCCUGAACUUGCGAUCAAGCUCAUUACAGCCGUGGGCAUAACUGUAGUGAUGGUCCUAAACAGCAUGAGUGUCAGCUGGAGUGCCCGGAUCCAGAUUUUCCUAACCUUUUGCAAGCUCACAGCAAUUCUGAUAAUUAUAGUCCCUGGAGUUAUGCAGCUAAUUAAAGGGCAAACACAACACUUUCAAGAUGCCUUUUCAGGAAGAGAUGCAAGUAUCAUGGGGUUGCCACGCUUUUAUUAUGGGAUGUAUGCAUACGCUGGCUGGUUUUAUCUCAACUUUGUUACGGAAGAAGUAGAAAAUCCUGAGAAAACCAUCCCCCUUGCAAUCUGUAUAUCCAUGGCCAUCGUCACCACCGGCUACGUGCUAACAAAUGUGGCCUACUUUACGACCAUUAGUGCUGAGGAGCUGUUGCUUUCAAAUGCAGUGGCAGUGACCUUUUCUGAGCGGCUACUGGGAAAUUUCUCAUUAGCAGUUCCGAUCUUUGUUGCCCUCUCCUGCUUUGGCUCCAUGAAUGGUGGUGUGUUUGCUGUCUCCAGGUUAUUCUAUGUUGCGUCUCGAGAGGGUCACCUUCCAGAAAUCCUCUCCAUGAUUCAUGUCCGCAAGCACACUCCUCUGCCAGCUGUUAUUGUUUUGCACCCCUUGACGAUGAUAAUGCUCUUCUCGGGGGACCUCUACAGUCUGUUGAAUUUCCUCAGUUUUGCCAGGUGGCUUUUUAUUGGGCUGGCGGUUGCUGGGCUGAUUUAUCUUCGAUACAAACGCCCAGAGAUGCAUCGUCCUUUCAAGGUGCCACUGUUCAUCCCGGCUUUGUUCUCCUUCACGUGUCUCUUCAUGGUGGCCCUUUCCCUGUAUUCGGAUCCAUUUAGUACAGGGAUCGGUUUCAUCAUUACUCUGACGGGGGUCCCUGCAUACUAUCUCUUUAUCAUAUGGGACAAGAAGCCCAAGUGGUUUAGAAGAAUGUCAGACAGAAUAACCAGAACAUUACAAAUAAUACUGGAAGUUGUACCAGAAGAAGAUUGUCAUAAAUUAUGAAUUAGUGCAUUUGAAAUCUUGGCAAUCUAUGCUUGGCCUUGUUUCUGCCCAAAGGGCUGAAACAAAAUGUGGAUCUUCACUUCAUUUUAUGAAAAUCCAGAAGAUUUCAAGUUUGGUGAUGGACUAAAGGAAUCAGUUAUUUCUAUUCGUAUCUUUUAGUGUAUUCAAACUGGUUUCUAAGAAAUUUAGUUAUAACUCUAUGUAGUUACAGAAAGUGGAUAUGCAAGCCUUCCAUGAGCUCACAUGAUCUUUGAAUCCCUGAUACCUAUAUGAAGUUAGAGGAAAAAGAUUACUGCAUGAAACAUUACUUCAGUGGUCUUUAUAACAUAUGGCUAAGAACCUUCAAACUGAA